AAAAAUUCUUAGUAGAUUUCCUGGCAGCUGGCUAUGUCCAUAGUAUGUGAACAUAGCUACGUCUGAAAAAAUAAAUCAAGAAACAAGUUGAGGCUCUUUAUUUGGUUAUAGGAAUCGGUGAAGGUGCUCACUUCAAUAGGUAGCAUUGGAUCCACAUAGUACAGUAAGAAAAGAUUGCUAAAAACAAAUAAAAAAGAAAACGAAAACUGCAAAGUCAGACCUAGUGGAAGGUUCAUCCAAAGUUGAUAAGGUUCAAAGUUUACUUCUGCAACAUAUAUUAGCUAAGGCAGCAGCUAUCUGCUGGAUUAUUCAAAAUGAAAAAUCACAUACUUUUUUGCUUGUUAAAAUGCUUUCUCUGUCUUUUGUGCCUUUCUAAUUGUGAGAAAUCUCAAGACCGAAAAGAGGAUGGUGAUUACCCACCUCUCUGGAAUCUUGUACCUGAGUCACUGAAAGAUUUUACCAUUCAAGAUAACAGAACAAUUAUCAACCCUUGGAACUACUUGCAAAGAAUGGGGCUGUACAAAAUGUUACUUGCUGCAACUGCUGAAUCCACAGCUGGUGCUGGUUCAAAUAAUUCUGGAAAUUUCCUCUGGGGAUUGGCCUUGCAACAUGGUUGGCAAUUUCAAACAGGCAGAUUAUCAGAUCCUUCUAGCAGUUCACUCUGUGGCUAUCAGAAUGGGGACAACCUGUGUAUCUCUGCAAGAAGUUGGUGGGCCUGCAUGAAUUACUUCCUGGCUGUGAUUCCAUUCCUUGCUGCUGUAAAUGCAGGUUACUUUGCGGACUGGCCUUUUGCAAUAGAUAUUUCACCACCUGCUGAAUUUAGAGAGGACUUCUGUUACUCAGUUGAUGAUUGUCAAUCGUCCAUGUCUAAGGUGAUGGAAAAAUGGAAACAAUUUUUUGAGUAUCACAAAAUAUCAAAUACUAACCAUAACAAUGUAACAACUUCCCUAAUAAUAGAAGAAGAUCGAGUUCUCCACUACUUGUGGACAGCACAUGAGGCAUCCAUUGGUGCUGCCCUUCCAAAAUGCAAACAAAGAUUACAGUACCUGUCUUCCCCAGAGGUCAACUUUGCUGUCAGCUGGGCCAAUGCUGUUGAAUUUAUUGCAGCUACACGAUUUCUUACAAACUUUCACCAGACCAGCCUAUUUCAGAGAUCCCUGCCUCAUCGAAUGUUAACAGAAAAUGACUAUGCUCCAUCCAUCCCUGAUUUCAGUGCUGAAGAAAAUAGAACUUUGCAGGUGUUAAACUGGAUAUACAAAGGAAAUUACUUCACAGGCGGAAGGCUGCUGGACCUUUGGAGAAACUCAAUGUGCACCAAGGCUGGAAAAGCAAAGGGCAGGCUUCUGAUGAGAUAUAUGCAAACAAAUCCAGCAAUGGUAUUUCCAGGGAUGUUUGCAUUGUUGACAGAGUUGAAUAAAGACUGCAUUGCAGAGAAUUAAAUGGGCUCAAAUUAUCAUCAACAUCAAGAGAAAAAAAUCAUCUUGGAGAACUCUUAUAUAUUCAAAAUGGUCCAGUCAGUUUAAGGAGCUAAGACAGUUAGUAGUAACAAAAAGAAAUGGAUUCAACAGUUUGCAUUUAUACAUUGCUGUGUCUGAUCUCUGAAGCAACUUCCUGAAUGUGUUUAUUAAGCAGAAUAUUUUGAAUAAAAUAAAUACAGCUGGAUGUACAGAAUAGUAGUCAAGCACAUGCAUAGAUUAUUCCUGUUCUUGCAUAUAGCAUGUUUGCUAUAGAACUAAAACAGGCAUAAUUGUUAGACACUUUUAAAAGCUAACAACAUUUAUUACGCACACCAGUUUUACUCAUUUUUUUAUGAAAGUCUGUAGUGUUACUUCUA